UGAAGUUUGCCGAUGUGUUUUGCCCAUAUCUGGUUUAACACGUUUCUCGCCAUAGGGCGGCGCAAUGGUACACACCGUCUGAUAGACGUGCGAGUGCGAACCACCGGUGGCACACGCCGCCCUACGGAACACAUAACGACGUCGAACACGCCGACGCGAACGUAUUACCAUAAAAAAAGAUUUUCCGUCGAAUGGAUUACGUUAAAUUUCUUUCGGUUCGUCAAAGGACGAAAUUGCGAGUCGCUUUUCGGCAGGAGAACGCGGAGAUUCGGAGACGCGAAGGAAUGAAGUGUGUAACGCAAUCUUAUCAUGCGAUAAUAUUGAAAUGCAGUUCCUUGGCGACGGCCAGUGAAAUAAAUCAAUACGCAGGCAGCUCUAUUAUUUUUUUUUUUUUUUGUUUUAUUACAUUCAGGGUAGGCACGCAACAGGAACCGUUCCUUCGCCAAGAAUUAUAUAGAUUUUGCUGGCAUCCGCGGUAUUCGGCGUGCUCGGUCGGUCAACUUACUCGAGACUCUAUUUUUUUUUCGAGAGGAUUUCGGGAAACGUUCGAAAUACAGGCGUGAAAAAGUUACGUUAAAAAUUUGACGCUUACGCAAAGUAAAUGCCCUCUCUAUCGUCUGAACUAACAUGAACUCGGAUAUCUGCAAAAGUUUUCUUUUUACCUCCUCGCAGAAGCAACGAAUUUUAGUUAAGAAAUCGAACUUUCUCUUUAUCGUUCCGUGGUCUCUUCGAUUUUCGAGUAUUUCUUGUUCCUUUUAAUUGGGACGAUAGCCACGUUCGCGCAAAGCGAGAACCUUUUCUUUUGGUUCUUUUUAUUGACGAUGACCCAAAGUUAUCGUGGACACGCGUGUUUAUGCACGUCAACGUUGUACUUCAGAUUCAUUUUUCUUAAACGAUUUUAAUCCUUUAGUAUUAGAGUCUCGUCUAGACUCGAAUAAAACAUGUGUUUUAACGUUAUUUUGUCACUUACACAGUAUCAUAAAGCGAAUCAGUUCCACUUUGUCUCUAAGGUUCUUCCAAUAAUAAGUAAAAGAUACGAAGCGGUAUUGCAAGUAGCGUUACAUACGAUACCGCAUCGAACGAUUCGUCGAGUGCAGUCGUACCCACCGAGAAGUAAAGAGUUCACCACCAAAUCUCCUGGAAAUUUCGCAGAAUCGAUUUGGAGAGAAGUACUCUUACUGUUCCUGACCUCGUGUACAACCAAAAAAAAAAAAGAAAAAAGAAAAGAAUAGAAAAGAGAAGAAAGAAACGAUACCUCGUAACAUCAUGUUUACGUGACAAGCCGUAUUCUUAUUCUCUAUUUUUAAUUUCGAUGUCGACCCUUGUUAUCCGAGGACAAACGCGAUAAGCAAGAUAAUUGCAAUUUGCUCUUUUUCGUUCUUCGCAGCUCUCGACAAUUAUACACUUCGUUGACUGUUACAAUAUCUACUUUGCAAAUUCGACACGCGCGACCGACCGAUUUCUUGGAAUUCGAUAGAUUAAUUCUUGUUUACGGUUCACGGUUGCACUUUACAUCGCGUGCCGAGCUGAUCGAAUGACACGAACGAAAUAUAAAAUCGAAAGUUCGUUCUUGUGACUCGCGAAGGUUGAACGUGUUAAAGUGUAGGUAAAAUGUACCUCCGAAGGCAGGAACAAGUUGGAUAAUUUAUUUAAUACACAUUAACACGUUGAUCGUCACGUCACCCAUACAUGGGUGACGGUGCUUUUCACUGAGAAACGAAAACUAUUCAUUCUGAAAGUUAAGUGUCGUAGAAAAUGAAUUUAAAUUAAAAUACUUGAAUUUUGAUGAAGUCACAAAACAAAGUACCGAAAUAAAUGUUUCAUUACGCAGUUUCCAAAAAUCUGUAAACGAAAUUAAAUCGCAGUAGAAAUUUUCAAGGGUAUCGGACUGCCAGUGAACGUGUUAACUUGAGCCACGUUCCUUUCCGUUUUCGAGCCGUUUCGAAGUCGAAGGCUAUCGAAAUCAUUUCUCCGCGGUCGCAUUAUUGUCGAGAGCCACCGUAAAAGUUUAAAGGCCCUCGACUCGAUUCGUCCGCGAGUAGCAAAGAGGAAAGUCAUUUUCUUAGGCGCAGCGCGUGCCACGUGGUUCCAGGCACGGUUCUGUGAGAACAGCUUCACCUGACUGGCAUACCGAUGGUCUGCUCACCACCGUUUACACUUCACCGCCAAUUUGCCAGCGGCGGGAACGUUUACGCAUUCGACGCGAUCCUAAGGAAUGACGCUUCAAUUAGGCGCGAUCUGCUAGCGUUUCUUUCGAGCCAUCCUUAUCAUGGAUUUCUCGAUUAAAAAAAGGAAAAGAAAAAAGAAAAGAGAAACUUUACAUAAUCUACAUUAUAUAACACAGCAUUACACGAGGAUUGAGUAACUCGAGAUAACCGUGGAUCAAAGCGGUGUUUAUCGAUCUUUCUUUCUUCUAUCCCGACCAACAUUUUUUAAAUAGGUCACUCCGAAUACUCAUCGUGCACGCUCGAUCUAUCCUUCCCACUUUAUUUAUUUAUACAAACGCGAAUUAAGAGUCGAUUAUCUCGUGCAUGCGAAUAUCGACGUUAAUAUUCACUGCGGCUAGGAAGCGAGCAGUAGUCGUAGAUGUGGCCAAAGCGAUGAGGAUUUAAAUCACAUCAUUCGGCAAUGUGAAUUAUAUGAAGCUCCUAGGGUUGAUCUGCUAAGAUCCACGUAUAAAAUGGGUUUUCAGUUGCCCUUAAACAUUGAUAUAUUUAUAGCCGAGCCGAACGUCAAAGCUUGUCUGCGAAUCUUGUCCUUUUUUUUUACGACUGUUCUAACCAUUUAAAAAUACAAUCUAUUAAUUGUACGUUAUUUGUAUCACCACUCUAUUGUAAAAAUUGUAAAGCGACAUGGAUCCUAUAGGGUCUUAAAAGCUAUAAAUAAAAAAAAAAGAAAAAAAAAAACCGCGUUGCGCUAAGCUACCAAGCUCGCCUCCGUCUUCCUAAAUCGUAGCGUUCGUUUCCAACGCUCGGGACUUGAGGCUACGAAGAUACUUUGGCUAUCUCCAGGCAACGGCAAAGUUGUCAAAGUUGUACGACCACGGCUUGUGGUCCAAGGUACGUUCGGCGCCAUUAAAAAGAACGAUUCGAAAUAACAAAACCGAGGAACACGAUGUACGAUACCAAGCGGUUGUAUCUAAUCUCCAGCGACAUGGAGAAGGCGUCCGACCGAGUGCAACGAGAGUAAAUAUUGUACUAGAAGGGGGAACUUUCGAUGGUCUGCUAUUAAUACUGUCUGGUUGUUAGUGCUACACGCAGCAUCGGCAGUGUUCGAUAAUAAUAAACGGUGUUUUCCAUCAGUGCGCCUCGUCUGUCGUAAAUUCAGCGAAAUCGACGUUCGGGGCGAUACUUUUUAUCUGGAUCGAGCCAUCCGCGACCGUUCCACCGACUUCGUGUUUCGGUACACCGUUGGGGAGAAUCGGAACAGAGUUUUCCAAUCGACGAAGCCUGCUGAAAGGAGGGAACAAUGGUCCUGGUGGUGUUUCUCCUCGUGUUGGGGUUCCUCGUCUCGACCGGCCAGAACGACGUCGACCAAUGCCAGCGGAGGACCGACGAGCAACUUAUCUGGGAGUACGACGUUCGAAGAUCGUACAGGAUCGGCGGUUACCAAGAAGUCGAGGCGGAGUACGGGCCAACGAACGCGACCAUCACGUGCAUAGGUGUCGAUCCCGUGUCCGAUGAAAACAACGGCGCCAUGUGGGUCACUUCCGGUGGGAUAGGCCACAACUUCAUCAAGAUCAAAUUCAGGUCCAAGUACUCCAGAGGACUUCGUUACAGAGUCUACGUCUACGGGAAACCGCACUGAAUUACACCCUGAUUGUUUUUAUUUAUUUACACUACUACGUACACGAUUCUGCUUCGAUGUAUGUACGCUAAAUUGUGGAUUAAUAGACUUUUAGGAAAACUCUAUUCUUUUUUUUUUUCUCGAGUGUCUUCCUGUUAACACGUUGAUCGUCACGUCACCCGUGUAUGUUUUCUACAAUGUUUUUCACCGAAUAACUAACAAAAUUAAUUCUGGUAGUUAAAUUUCGAAGAAAGUGAAUUUUAAUGAGAUAUUUGAAUUUUGAUGAAGUUACAUACACGAAUACCACCAUGAAUGUUUGAUUACGUAGUU